AUGGGAAACGAAGGCAUCCUUCGUGCUCGCACAGCUGUUCUUAGCCUGUCUAGAGCUUUAUUCCUGUCUCUUGGCCUAGCAACCGCCGCCCCGAUAAAUUAUCAUUCUCGUACCGUUGACAAUGCCCCCGAAGAAGCUGAGGGUGGCGCCCUCUGGGUGCUUUAUGCCGUGUCGAUUAUUCUUGUACUUUUAGGAGGCGCUUUUGCCGGCUUGACGAUUGCGCUCAUGGGCCAGGACGAAAUAUAUCUACAAGUAAUAUCACUCGACCUCGAAGAACCUCAACGGAAAAACGCGAAACGUGUCUUCGAUCUACUUAAGAAGGGUAAACAUUGGGUUUUGGUGACGUUGCUCCUGUCUAAUGUCAUCGUGAACGAAACCCUCCCCGUUGUCUUAGACAGGUGUUUUGGUGGUGGUGUCGCAGCUGUUGUCGGAAGUACUGUCCUUAUUGUCAUCUUCGGCGAGAUUUUGCCACAGUCCGUAUGCGUUCGUUACGGUCUUCAGAUCGGCGGAUAUAUGUCCAAGCCCGUCCUUUUAAUGAUGUACUUACUCGCUCCGAUCGCAUGGCCCACCGCGAAGCUACUCGAUUGGCUCCUCGGAGAAGAUCACGGGACUGUAUAUAAGAAGAGUGGAUUAAAGACAUUAGUUACACUACACAAGUCGCUCGGUGACGUUGGUGAACGUCUGAAUCAAGAUGAGGUAACUAUCAUCAGCGCUGUCCUGGAUCUGAAACGCAAGGCAGUUGAGGAGGUGAUGACCCCUAUGGAAGAUGUCUAUAUCAUGUCGGAGGAUACCGUGUUGGAUGAGAAGACUAUUGAUCAGAUUCUCGACGCCGGUUAUUCUCGCAUUCCCAUUCAUCAGACGGGCAAACCAACAAAUUUUGUGGGCAUGCUAUUGGUCAAAAUCCUCAUCACCUAUGAUCCCGAGGAUGGUAAACGAGUCAAGGAUUUUGCCCUCGCUGCCCUACCCGAGACCCGACCAGAAACCAGCUGUCUGGAUAUCAUCAACUUUUUCCAAGAAGGCAAAUCUCAUAUGGUACUCAUCUCAGAGUCGCCAGGUGAAGAUCAUGGUGCUCUAGGCGUGGUAACACUUGAGGAUGUCAUUGAAGAGCUCAUUGGAGAGGAAAUCAUUGAUGAGUCAGACGUAUAUGUCGAUGUUCAUAAGGCUAUUCGCAGAUCUCAUCCCGCGCCUAAGGCUAGGGCAAUGAGGAAGGAACUCAUGGCUAAGGACCUUGAGAACAGGAAUGGCACGCUGAUCGACAUAGAUGAGGAAGACGGGCACCCGUUCAAGAAUAAAAGAACUGGCUCUGUCAGUAGCAGGACUGAGACCUCUGUUCUUAGUUCCAGCCCAAAGAUGACGACGUUCCUAAUGCGAAGGCGCUCAGCCGGCCAGGACGGUCAGCUAAUGCAUACGACUAUACCGGUUAAAGCCAAUUUUGAGGAAAUGAGAGAUCACUUCAAGCAUCUUGGCCCAUCUAACCCAGCAUCUAAUCCAAAGAGCACACGAGUCGCAGCCGUCAAAAUUAAACCAGCAGCAAACUCAAACUCCGGCGCCCGACAACAGGACUCUAUCGCAACAGAUGCUAUACCCGAUGACCUAAUAGCUGUCGUAGACGAACGCUCAAGUCUUCUCGGUUCUCGACUCAACGCCAAAGACGGCAAGGAUGGCAUCCAAGCCCUUCAGCAGAAUUACACCGAACCUCGUUCCACCGCCAAGUCCAACACAACCCCUGAGAUCGUGACUAGCUUCGAUGGGGAGGCUUCAGAGCAGAAAACCCGAGGUACACAAACCAAGCUCAGUGCUACAGCCAAUGAUGAGACUUCGCCUACGCAAGGAUCUACGUCAAGCAUCGAGAGCAUACAAGACGGUAUUGGCCGUCGAAGAGGUCACGUACGCAGUGGCAGUAUAACUGAAAACAUAGUCGAAUCCGGUGGUAUCACCAAAGUCAUACUCGAGGCCAGCAGUAGUCUAUCAGAAGCUGAAGAAGAAGACGAAGGAGAGAUCACUGUGACGGCGGGAUCGGACGAAGGUACAUCUUCGGCGCAUAAGGGGCACAAGAAGAAAAAUCGCCGCAAGCAUAGAAACGGGAGCAAGUAA